ACCACCAAGACACAAUAAGAACAAACUUACUAACUUUGGCGACUGCAAACAAAAUUAAGCUUGAUCAUUUAUAGUAUUUUUUCUCCCAUGGCCCUUACUGCAGUUAGUUUCAUCCACAUGCAACUGCUGCCAACCCCCAACUUCACGUCAAAAAAAUAUAUGACAGUUACUAUAAAAUGUGCUAAUGAUGUUGAAAGCAAAGCAAAAGUUGGUAGAAGGAAACCAGGUAGCACAGGUAAAGGAGGGGAGGGGCCUGGUCCAAAAACGACUAAUAGUCAGCUACAGAGAAUUCCAGCAAAAAAUUCUGAUGAUGAUGAUGAAGAUGAUGAUUAUCAACUUAACAAUAAUACUUUUGCAUUCAAUAAUCUCAAUGCCAAUGAGUGGCUUGUCAUUUUUCUUUUUUUACUCUCUUUGUGGGUUCUGAUUGUUUUAAUGUAAUUUUUUAUUGUUUGAAUAAUAUAUAUAUUGAUCA